ACUGCAGGUCGUUUGGUCUGCGAGGGGAGGCAUUGUGUCGUCAUCAUCAUGGUGGUGAUGCUUCGAUCUGCCGCGCGAAAAUGAAGGAGACUGUGAUUUUUCCUGGCUCUUCGACGGCCCGGCUGGUCAGAUGGAAAGUCCAGCCGGGAGACAGCGUGUACCAGGGCACCGUCCUGGCCGUCUGCGGGGCCACAGACGAGGGUAACCGCGCUGACAACGCCGAGGAAGCGGCGGAACCGCAGGGUGGGAGGGGGGCUCAUGGGAGGGAGGUAAAGAUCCGAGCGGACCGUGUGGGUGUCGUGCUUCAGCUCAGGCGGGCGGUGGGCGACAUCGUCUCGCCAGGGACAGCUCUACUGGACAUUGAGGCCAAAUGUCUGCACAGGACUGUGAUCUGGGACAUGUGUGCUGAGUGUGGGGAGGACCUCCGGAAAGACGAUGGUCCCCCAGGCCGUUCCUCCAAGCCAGGCUCUCCCAAACCUGUGGACAGUGCAGCAGCAUCGGUCAGCAUGGUCCACACUGUCCCUGGCCUCAGGGUCACUCAGGAGGAAGCCCGUCUGCUGGCUCAGCGGGAGGAGAAACAGCUACUGGACAACCGCAAACUGGUCCUGAUGGUGGACCUGGACCAGACUCUUAUCCACUCUGCUCAGGAGCCUGUGGAUCCCAGGCUAGUCGAUGGAGUCAGGGACAUCUACACCCACGGGAGCCGGCCUGAGAUGUUCACGCGGCUGCGGCCCCACACCAGCGACUUCCUGGAGUAUGUCUCACAGUUCUACGAGCUCCACGUGUUCUCCUUCGGCAACCGCGAGUACGCCCACAAGGUCGCGACCUUCCUGGACCCCAAGGGCAAGCUGUUCUACCAGCGGAUCCUGUCACGAGACGAGAGCGAAGACUUGAACCGGAAAAACGCCAACCUCAGAUCCCUGUUCCCUUGCGGUGACUCCAUGGUGGCCAUCAUCGACGAUCGUGCUGAUGUUUGGGACGACGCCCCCAACCUUGUUCGUGUGAAGAAGUAUGAGUACUUCAUGGGGGUCGGAGACGUCAACGAUCCCAACGCCUCCCCGCUCCGACAAGCGAAGGUUAAACAACCUGGUAACUCUAAAGAACAGGCAGGGAAGCCAGACGACAUAGAGGAGGACAAACAAGGAGGGAACAACAAAGACCUUUCUGAUACAACAGACAAAACGACUGGCUUGCCGGGCAAUGGGGAAAGUAAGGAUGAUGUCACAGAGUCAGAGUCUGGGACUCAGGACAAUAUGGAGGUGAUUUCUGGUGAGGAGAAAACAAGUGCUACUGCUGAUGGGAAUGAUCAGGAGCAAAACGUUAAUGACACCUCUAAGACUGAUACUGGGGAGGUUUCUUCCAAGGGAGGAGAGGAGGACAACUCUGAAGCGGGUUCCGAAAGAAAAGAUGAGAAGUUGGUGGUCUCAACUUUAGAAAAAGUGGAAGAAAAAGACAGUUGCUCAAUGGAAAAAACUGCAGAGACAGCGGAUGCGAAACAGCAGACGGACACAGAGCUGGAGCCUGAAGAGGUUGGGCACAUCGACGAGGACGAUUAUCUGCUCCAUCUACAGGACAUUCUUGUUCGUAUCCACCACACAUUUUACGAAGCGUACGACAAGUACAAGGCCGGGUCCCUGUCCAGCGCCCCCGACGUCAAACUGAUCGUGCCGUUCCUGCGUAAGCAGACCCUGCGGGGAGCCGUGCUGCUGUUCAGCGGCGUGAUCCCCACCAACAUGGUCCCGGAGAAGUCUCCCGAGUUCCGAGCGGCGACCCUAAUGGGAGCGCGCGUGGCGCGGAAGUUUGUCCCGCCCGGGAAGGACGGCGGAGUUGGCGAGCAGGACCAGGGUGGGACGACCCACCUCGUGGCGGCAAACCUGAGGACGGAGAAGGCGCGGGCGAUCCAGGAGUGGAACUCACGGCGUGGGAAGAACGGCCGGGUGUGCAUCGUGGACAGGAACUGGCUCUGGUGCUGCUGGGAGCGCUGGGAACACGUUGACGAGCGGCUCUUUCCCGUCAUGGACAGCCCUCCCGCCGAGCGCGAGAACCUCAAUGCCGGGAAUGUACCACUGCUGCCGGCAGGGGAGGGCAGGCCCGGGAUCACUGCAGACACACAACUGACCACCAAAGAUGCUGCAAAUGUUCCAGUGAGAGAAGAAGCAGACAGCUCCACACAGCAAGAUAGGAACAUUGAACUUAAACCUGAGUCAGACUCUGAUAGACAGGAGACAGUGCAGGCUCAAAACCAACCUAUGGAAACCCCUCCCUCAACUUCCCAGCCAGUUGUUCCUCAGGGGCCAGUGGAGGAAGUUGCAACCUACGAUCCCCUGACGGGAAAGAGAGUCCGGAGGCAUCCCUACAUGUAUCAGCACUACCCAUACCCCCCUCAGCACGUAAUGUACCCUCCCGCCCACGGCAUCUAUCCCACAGAGCUGGAGUUCAACCAUCCCGAGAUAAGGGGGGACCACAGAUUCAUCCCCCACCCAUACCCUGAGAAACCCCACAAAGAUGUGAGCUCUCCGGCAGAUGGCGAAGAACCGACCUCGUCACGUGGGCCUCGGAAACGUCGGCUUUCCACAAUAGCGGAGACCAACCCGCUCAUGGCUUUCUCCUCUGAAGACAUUGCCAACAUGGAUAAGGAAGUGGAGGAAGCCUUUAGUGAGGACAGUGACAGUGAGUCGGAGGGGGAGGGGGGCAGAGGAGAAGGGGGUAGGGAGGAGGACAGCAGGGAUAGUGCAAGCACCAGUCGAGAGUCCUCUGACAUUGGGGCGAGCAAGAAGAGGAAAAGAGAAGAGGAAGAGGAUGAAGAAAACAGGUCGUCCAGCAGCAGUAGUGACUCGGAGGCUGAUGAGAUGGCAGCUGCACUGGAGGCAGAGUUCUUCUGAUGUCUGUAGAUGUAGUGUCUCUAACAGAGUAGUGUUAUACUUAUAGCCAUUUGUGUAUGUAAAAAAAGGAAUUCUAUGAACAUGUUAUAUGACUGAUCACUUGAAACUUGGAAUGGCACAAGAAACAUUUGAGGCCCAUUUUUAUAAUGAAAAUAAUAAUAAUGAGAACAUGCUCAUGUUACACGCGCAACAUGAAAGUUUGAAUCCAGUAACAAGUUCAAUUGAAAGGAUUUAGAUAUUCUUAAAAUGUUAAAGAUGUUAUUCCAAGUUUUUUGUGUUUUGUUAUAUGUAAAUAUGCUGAUACUACAUUGGACAAACCUUUCAGGUUUUGCACAGAGGGCUAGGAAGUUAUUGUAUCAGGAAAACUAUGUUUUUAUACUUAUUUGUAUUAAGGGCUGUUUCAUCUUUAAAGGUCACAGAAGAACUAAUCUUCUUCAAACUUAAGAAAUGGAUCAGCCAAAACGGACUUUCACUUUAGAUGGUAGCUUGAUGUUUCAUGGAGUCUUUGAACCAUAGUACUACCUCUAGCAGUUUUGUGUUCAUAUUCCACAGUAGGGACCAACUACCAUUAAGGUUGGCUAGAGAAAGCAGCAAGACUUAGUACUUUUUUUCUACAGCAUGUUAAGUCUCUACAAUUCUUUCAUUGAUACAAGUUUUGGAUACAAAUAUAUCUU